GAGUAAUCCCAGUGGCGUGCCUCUGCCCUAACCUGCCCAGGGCAGGAAUCACUUAUCAGCCCAAGAGGGCAAAAAGCAAAGAAGCACAGGCGAGGCGCCCGCCCCGUGGCAUCGCCCGACCUGUGGGCAUCCCCCUCCGCCUGCCCCGCAGACCGUGCCCGGGGCUGCGGCUCUCUCCCCCAACCUGGCCCUAAGUCCCCAGCACACCCAGGGAGCCCACCCCACCCUGCAGCCCGUCCCCCGAGAGAGCUGGUGUGCCCAUCCCGGUGUCCUGCGUGGUGUCAGGCAGGGUGGCCCCACCCUGGCAAACCCUUCCUCUUGCCUAUAACUAGCCCAGGCACCUGUGCCCCUGCUCCUCACUAGUGCCAAGCUGCCAUGGAGAACUUCCCCCAGUCCGUCAGCAUCAACAUGCAGCCCUACGGCAGGAACGGGGCAGGCUCCCCGGCCACCGCCUUCGGCCCCACCAUCACCUCUUUUGUUCAGCAGGAGCCUGUCCCCAACCCCCAGGACUUUGUGCUCUGGUCCUUCUUCAACACCAUGUUCGGCAACUUCUUCUGCCUGGGCUUCGUCGCGCUCAUCUUCUCCAUUAAGGGCCGCCCGUCCUCCUUUGGUGCUUUGGGAAAGGGGGACCCAGGCAGUGCGGUGGGUCCAGCUCUCCUCCUGCGGGCUCGAGCGAGCCCCGAACCGUCUCCCACCAGUGGGGUAAGGUGGGCAGCCAGCUCCUGGCUCCCUCCCACGGUGCUCCCGAAAUCAUGGCAAGGCUUCGCCCCUACCUGAGAUAAGA